AUACAGUGAGUGACACGCAUAUUAAACAUAUACAUUGAGCCGUACGUACUUGAGAGAAUAAUCUGGAAAUGGCAAGUCCAAGACUGUUAGGGACUGCUUUCCUGGUCUUGCUUAUUGUAGACAUCGCCUUUGCUGCUAGGACACUACAGGCAAUCAGUGGAGGAGGAGGUGGAGGUGGAGGGAAGGGCGGAGGUGGUGGUGGUGGUUCUGGAUCAGGACAUGGGUCAGGUUAUGGUUCUGGGUCUGGAUACGGGGCUGGUAAAGGAUAUGGUGCUGGUGGUCGAGGAGGAGGUGGAGGUGGAGGAGGAGGUGGAGGCGGCGGCGGCGGAGGCGGCGGUAGCGGAGGUGGGUCAGGUUCUGGCUAUGGGUCCGGUAGCGGCUCAGGCUAUGGUUCUGGUGGUGGGAUAGGUGCUGGAGAAGGUGGAGGUGGUGGCGGAGGCAGUGGAGGUGGUGGUGGUGGAGGUCACGGCAGUGGAUCCGGAAGUGGGUCGGGAAGUGGAAGUGGAAGUGGAAGUGGGAGUGGGAGUGGGAAUGGAGGUGGGGGAGGAGGAGGUGGUGGGGGUUAUGGCUCUGGGUAUGGAGGAGGGAAAGGCAAAAGCUUGCCGUGA